AUGCCUUGGCGGCUAAGGAGCUUGACACAAGCCGCUAUAACCGUUCUUGGGCAAGGCUUGAUGGCAGCUCGGUGUGUCGUUGGUGGAGAUAGUGGCCUUGACUAUGCGUGCGAUGUCUUGCGUCCCGAGAUCGAAAGCAGUGUGGAGCCCUUUCAAUGCGGACUCGUCUCAGGUGCUCGAGUUUUGCCCAAGGAGUUAAGCGACGUCAAGAGGUGA